AUGUCCGACGCAUUACUGCAUUGUCUGGAACGUCUUCAUUUGGACGACGAUACGCAGCUAAAGGAACGCGCACUUCGAUUUCAGCAACAAUGUUCGCGAUUACCGCCCAAAGUGUUCGAUGCCGGUCCCAACUGUAAACCCGUAAUUAGCAUUCACUUGGCUUUCGAAAGUUUGGAAAAGACGGGAUGGGAUAACAAGCUGGCUGCGCAGUUGGCUACGUGCACCAAAGCCGCCUACGAAAACACGAUCAGCAAUGUGCGCAAACAAUUGAAUCUGCAACCUACCGUGUCUUUUAAUACCCUCACCAUUGCACUUGGAUGCACGACCAUGAUCAAGCAAGUGGAAGCCUUAUACAGUACAUUUACCGAGAAAUAUAUUACAAGACUCAGUGUCGCCAAUCGACAGUCCGCCAAAGAACAGCUGCAGCAGCCACAGUGGAAAGGCGCCACCGUUUACGUGUGUGCCAAAGCAUUCGGCGUAAGAUUUAACUGUGCAUGUCUGUGA